AUGUGCUUGUACUCUCCUUCGUCUGCUUCUUCUCGUGCUUCUUCUGUUGUCGUAGAAGGACUCGAACGGUGCUGCUGGCUGCAGCUACCUUGCUUUCAUCUGAUCUUGUUGGGCAUGGGUCCGGAUGGCCACUGCGUUCGCUCUUCCCCCGGCUAUCCGCUCCUGGAGGAGAAGACACUGCUCGUGACGUCCUAA